AUGCUUGUCUCAAUCUUACCAGAACCGAAGCACGUUGCCAUGUUGACAUGCCUUGCUCUCAGUGUCCUCUUGACCUUUCCAGCUUUGCACAACCUGUACUGCCGCUUACGGAAUCAUCGAAGAUCGUGUCCAAGGGCACACGGCGCUUUGUACCUUGACGACGACGACGCCGACGACGACGACAACGACGACGGAACAAGCUCGCCCAGGGCUCAAGAUCAGUGCCAGAGUUCAAUAAAGCACCAUAUCCAGCUCUUCUGGGUAUUCUGCGGGUUUUGUCUUUCCAUCGCCACCGCAGUCCUUUCACUAUCGUCCGUUCCUCGGUCGCCAGUGACAGCCCAAUGGCAGCCUGUAUCAUGGCUCUGUCUGCUCAUACAAUCUAUGGCAUGCGCACUGGAGCAGCACCAUCCCCACCGAUUCGCCUUAGCCAUGUUUGUUGGCACGUCUACGACACUUGUUGCGGUUUGCAUCUCCUUGGAUAUGACCCUCCCGACGCAUACGCAACGACCGAGAGCGCAGCACAUUCUGUUGGUGUGUCAGAUUGUUCUGGCUACUGCUACUGCAAUUACAUGUGCUCUCAUGCCUCGUCGUCCACUAGACUUCCAUUCCAGCAAAGCUGUCGACCGACAAUACACUGUAUCAUUGUUAGAGCGUAUAUCUUUCUCCUGGGCUGGACCUGUGAUGGAGUCAAUAAUCAGCAACCCGGAUAUUGGGGACAAUGAGCUUCCCCGUCUCCAUCAUACGGCCCAGUCUGCCACGCUUGGCGAGCGAUUUCGCAUAUUUGCAAGCCAAAAGUCCUUGCCCGCAGCGUUGGCUCGAAUACACGUGUACGGAAUAUUACAGACAGUGGUGUUCCUCUUGUUAUUUGCCGCCCUUUCGUUUACACCGCAGCUUGUGUUUUUCAUGCUGUUGCGGUCACUGGAAGCACGAGAAGGCCAUUUGGACGCCCAUGACUAUACCUCCUGGGGAUGGGUGCCGACUCUGGGACUCUGUAUAUUACUGUCCUCAACCGUCGAGACCUGGUUGAACUGGAUCUCUGCGUCUAAGCUCAGCAUCCCGCUGAGUGCUCAGCUGUCUACAGCCAUCUUCAGCAAGGUUACCCGAAUGUCCAUCACAGCCAAUGAUGCUGCCCUGAACACAACCCAGAAUGGAAGCUCUUCUCCGAAAGCCGGGAUACCAGAUGCAGAUACUGGCAGCAGUAGCAGUGCAACUCUCAUUGCUUACGAUGUGCAGCGAAUACCCGACUUUGCAGCUAUAGCUCCCAUGCUGCCGUUGACGAUUCUCAAGUCCAUCAUGGCGUGCAUUCUCUUGAACUAUCUCAUCGGUUGGAAGAGUAUGCUGGCUGGGGUGGGGACAUUCCUCGUCACCUUUCCAGCCAACAUCAUCAUGUCAGGCAGAUAUGCCGCGGUGCAGAUGAAACUGAUGGCGUUGCGAGAUAGCAGGACAGCAACCACGACUGAAUUUCUACAUGGCAUUCAACAGAUCAAGCUCUCUGCGCUAGAAGUCCAUUGGAAGACCGCCAUCGCGCACGCUCGCAACCUUGAGCUGGCAAGUCAAUGGGUCGUGUUUCUCUGGGAGACCAGCUUGAUCUUUGUCUGGGUGCUGGCUCCAGUCAUGCUGUCGGCUGUCUCACUAGCGACUUAUGCCCUGACUCAUGGGCCACUUCCGCCGUCGAUUGCAUUUACGGCUCUGGCAGUCCUCGGCGAGCUCGAGAUCUGGACUGCUCUUCUCCCUAUACUGUCGGUUCAGCUACUUCAAUCCAAGGCGAGUAUAGAUCGCAUUGAAGCCUUUUUGAAAGAGCCAGAGAUGAGCAAGCUAGAUGACGACACCGAGGAUAUUUGCUUCCGUAAAGCGGCCUUGGCUUGGCCGUCAAGGAGAGGUAUCGAGCAUCGAGAAUCCAUCCUUUCGGAUAUCACUCUACGGAUCAAGCCUGGCGAAUUGGUCGUGAUUGCUGGAGGGACUGGGUCAGGCAAAAGUUUGAUCCUUCAAGAUACGACUGGAACUCCGGCUCAAGAUAAUUGCUGGCUACUGAAAAACACCACGGCUUUCGUGUCACAGAACCCCUGGAUUGAGGCUGGUGCACUGCGCGAAAACAUCCUGUUUGGUUUGCCUUACAACGAGGGCAGAUAUCACCAAGUCUUGUAUGCCUGCGCGCUGCUGCCAGACCUCAAAGCGCUGUCAGAUGGCGACCUGACAAACCUGGGUUCCAACCGGGUGAAUCUCAGCGGCGGCCAAAAGAUUCGUGUCGCUCUGGCCCGAGCCCUGUACUCGCGUGCUGACAUUUUGGUCCUCGACGAUAUCCUUGGGGGUGUUGACGUUGGUACGAGACAUCAUCUGGUGCACUUUGCUCUGACGGGGGGCCUUUCCCGAGGAAGAACGCGUGUUCUGGCUACGCAUCACUCAGGGGAUUGCCUGCAUUUUACGGACCAUGUCUAUCGUGUAGAGAACGGCCGCGUGUAUGAGGAGGACAAACAGCAGCUCCUGAAGGGAUUUGGCAAGCAGGUUACGAGGGAGCAUCCCAGUUCGCGACCACAGCCUGAACAAGAUACACAUGAAGACGAUAUUAGAGGCGCAGAAGAACAAGUUAUCGCGGUCGAUGAGGAACGAUCGAGUGGGCCCUUCAAACUUGGAGCACUGACCAAAUUCGUGCAGGCUGGAACCGGCAUUGUGCUGAUCACCAUGAUUGUGGCUACCUCAGGAGCAUACCUGGCACUAUUCCUUGGAAGGGGGCUAUGGAUUGCUUCUUGGACAAGGACCGCUCAGGGACCGCCCACAAAGCUUGACCUCGUCGUCAAUACAUACGUGCAGCAUGGUACGGACCAGCCUCACGAUAACAUGUUCCAUCUCCAAGUCUAUCUCGCUAUCUCUCUCGGCAUGUGUUUAGUGUCUACAGUUAGAUACUUCGUCCUCCUCAAGGCCAACCUCAACGCCUCGCGCUACUUGUUCGAUCGGAUGCUUGAGGCAGUCAUCAGCGUCCCCCUGGCCUGGUUCGAUACGGUGCCUAUUGGACGCAUCAUAAACAGGUUCACUGCAGAUUUCCAGUCUAUUGAUUCAAAUCUCGGAAAGAACCUUGGCUCUGCAACAUCUGGAGUACUGCAAAUCUUUGGCAUCGUCCUGGCUGCCACGCUAGCGCUGCCCGUCAUGUUUUUACCCGCCUUGGCUUUGCUGGCCGUCUCGGUGGCCGUCUGCUAUCGGUAUCUGAAGGCAGCACGCGAGAUAAAGCGCUUGGAAGCGGUAGCGAGGAGUCCGGUGUUGGACCUUCUGUUAUCCGUGAGCGAAGGCCUUGCCACGAUCCGUGGAUUCGGUCGAGUUGCGUGUUAUGUAGACAAGAUGCACCAGGCGGUAGACCGGCGUACACGCGCCCUCUGGCAUCUCUCGCUCUUCAACGCCUGGCUCAGCUUCCGGCUGAACAUGAUCGGGGCCACAUUUGCCACGCUGGCCGCGCUUCUCAUCGUGCGGACCCGAAACCUUGAUGCAUCCGUCGCCGGGUUUGCUCUAAGUUUCGUGCUUCAAUUCACCGCCGCCACCGACUUUGCCCUACGACGCUAUGCCAGCUUGGAACUUGACAUGAAUGCUCUCGAGAGGGUUCUAGAGUUUACCCACGUCGAGACUGAGGCUGAGACCGAGACUGGAGGUAUCGUGCCCGCCACCUGGCCCACUCAGGGGCUCGUGCAGGUGUGCAAUAUCACGGCAAGAUAUAAACCGACCGGCCCGGACGUGCUGAGGAAUGUCAGCUUAACACUUCAGCCGGGCCAACGUGUUGGUAUCGUUGGUCGCACGGGAGCAGGCAAAUCAUCGUUGAUUCUUGCUCUGUUUCGCCUGUUGCAUUUGUCGGCCGGCAGCAUCCUGGUUGAUGGUGUAGACAUCUCAACAAUCCACCCGCGCAUCCUGCGGAGUCGGCUGGCUAUCGUACCACAAGACCCGAUGCUUUUUUCCGGUACGAUACGUUAUAAUCUCGACCCGGACGACCAGUUUGAAGAUUCAGAACUGCUGGAUCUGCUGCGUUGGGUAUGGCACAGUACAUCACAACUUCAGAGUAGCAGACCUGAUGGUUACGACGACGCUCCGAUUCCCUCACUGGACACCCCUGUUAGCCACGGGGGUGCAAAUUUCUCCCAAGGCGAGCGCCAGCUCCUCCAUCUCGUUCGAGCUCUCAUCCAGCGGCCGAAAGUUCUCGUUCUCGACGAGGCCACUUCCGCUCUUGACUUGCACACUGAUGAGCACAUUCGGCGCAUUCUUCAUCCAGAAUCCAUCCGUCGAUAUCUGGGAGGUCUGGAGAUGGGUGUGCUUGUCGUAGCGCAUAGGCUUCGCACAGUGGCCGGCUUUGAUCAGGUCGUUGUUUUGCAAGACGGCGAGGUGGUCGAGACGGGGAGGCCGAGGGAGUUGCUGGGGGACAUGAUCAAGGACCAGAAGCAACAGACUUCUGCAGGCCGACGUGGAACGGGGACACAGAGACGAGGGUACUUUAGACAGUUGGUUCAAGAGAGCGGGGACCAGCAAGUUAUUAAGCGUAUUGCUGAAGGGGAAACUAUGUAA